UUUUAUUCAAAGAUUUGAAAUGACAAGCAAAAACUUACACUGCAAGCUGCAAAUAAUGAAAAAGAUGGAAAUGACAUUUGAAAAGAAUGUAGCUAUUGUUUUUAAGUUCAGGAGCUAGUUUCAUUGGACAUGAUUUUUGCAUGAGACAGGUACUUCAAAACUGUUUUCAUUAACUUUCUGGUUCUGCUAUGGUCUGCAUUUUUCUAUUAUUGCCUUCUGUUUGGUUGUUGAUUACUCUUGAAAAUCUCACAAUGAGUUAUCUGAUAUCCAGAUACGAACUAUAAUGGUGGUUAACACAGAAAAGAUAUUGGAGAGAGGCAACCCAAUUGAACUUCUUGUUGACUAAAUUGCAACUAUGCAAGACACUGCAUUUCACUUCAAGAAACAGUCAAAGCGCCUUCGCCAAGCUCUGUGGAUGAAAAAUGCCAAACUCUUGGCCCUGUUGACAUGCUUGAUUGUUGUGUUCCUGUGCAUUAUCAUUGCUGCUUGUUGUGGAGGAAUCACGUUACCGUCCUGCAGAUCUUUAUUAAUUCACUUCUUUGUGUAUAUAACAAAGACUGUUGAGACAAUCUCCAUCAUUCUAUAA